AUUGACAUUUGACAGUUGAUGGCUUUCGUUUCGUAUCUAUUUUUUAAUUUCACAAAAUAUUCGUACUUGAGCCUUGAGGAAAUCUCUUGAAUUUACCUCUACUGAUUCAGUUAGACUUGUUAGUGGUUUAUUGUGAUAUUCCCAAGCGGGUAUACAAAUCAGUGAACAAGUCGCAAUCAUCAUACAAUACACCAGAGUUCAGACUUCAUCACGUUCGUCACUUCGCGAUUGGUUUUCUAGCUCGACGGUUGUUAUUGGCCAUUUAGUGACUCAAAAUACUAAAGACAGAUUAACUAGUGUUCGAUAAAAAUAUCAUACGAUUGGACAUUGUACUUUCCUCGAGGACGCCCAUGUAUUUGAGAAAGUGGUUUUCCCAGAAAGGUUAAAUCGUCUAAGAUGGUCGAAGCAAGCAAAUACUGGUUCGAUAAGGCCUGCAGCGCCUGUGCAUGCCACACUUUAAUUCACCCUUGGACAUAUAAAUGUAGUGAUGCUACAAGUACUAUGCUCAUGAGUUGUAUAAAAGGAAGUUAUCAGUUUUAUGCAAUGGUUUAUCUUAUACAAAUACUAAUGAGAGGCAAAAAACUGGGCAAAAAGGAGAUGAUAGAACAAUUCAAGCUAUAUUUAAAGUCUGGUAUAUUUGGCCUAACUGUUGGAAGUUCUUUUGUGACAUUAAAUUGUAUAUUUAGGAAACUAUUCUUUAGUCAAUUCAAUUAUUACACAACAGUACUACUUCCUUGUACGGUCAGCGGGCUUGCCGUUUACUUUGAACCACCUUAUAGAAGAGUUAUGGUUGUCAACCUUUUCGUUAAUUUGGUUUUUGAAUACUGGGCACGGACAUUAGAUCACCAAGGUUGGCUGCGGCGGUCGAUCGGUCGCGAAACUCUUAUAUUUAUGCUCGGUAGCUCUGCCCUGUUCUACCUUAUGCGAUUGGAAAGAGAGAACAGCCAACGGACGCCUUUGUUCUGGUUCUUUACACCUCCAAGAGUAUCGAAAGAAAUUGGAGAGCCAGUGAAAGGUAUUGAGGGCAAAAGUCCGGCGUGCCCUCAUAAAGGACCUUGCAUGAACUACAUUUUUAGGGGUGCGGCUCAGCUAUUCGGCGUAGGUUGCCUGAUGACUAUACUGCGGACCAUCAUACCGAGGAUCCUUACGCCGACGAAAGCACUGAAGUCAUUGAAGCCGUCGCAUCUCAAACUUGGCUUGUUCUUCGGUGGCUACAUUGGAAUUUAUAGGCUAAUAGUAUGUCUGCUGUGCCGUAAGAAUGGCAGAGAUAGUGCACUAUAUGCAUUGCCCGCGGGCUUCCUCGCCGGCAUAGCGUUCAGAGCGUCGCCUUCAACGCCCAUCGCGUUGGCACCCGUCACUUCCACAUUACAGAUCCUUUUCUCGUGGCUAUACCAAAACGGGACAAUACCCGAUAGCUGGCCGUUAGUGGAACUCCUGUACUGCAUAUGCCAAGGCAUAUUGUUCCAUGCACGAGUCAUGCACGAGGAUGUAUGCCCGCGAUACAUUGUCAAUCUCAUGCACACCGUCACUAGUAACAAAGCUGACGAAAUCCAACACGCCUUUAUACAGAAAAUUCAGAGGUAUAAAGAUUUUCAUCCCUAAAUUCGUUUUGACAUUAUUUUCAAAAGAAAUACGCAUUAAUAUAUUAUUGUUGUAAGUGUAUGAUUUAGGCGCAGUCUGUGAUUUUUAGUUAAAACGCAUGCUUAUUUUAACAGGUUUUAUUUCACAUUGGUGUGUUUCCACCUUCGAUAUACCUUUUUUAAACUAAAAAGAUUUAAAGAAAAAGAAUUUUACAAAAAUAACUACUUUAUGCAUGUGUUUGUUGCUGGUCGUUUGACUGAUCAAAUUAAAUAAUUUAUUUUAGGCACAUUUAAAUAUUAUUAAGACCCUCUAUUAUUAUUUUUUAAUUAGUGUAAUACACGAGUAGUUUACUAUUUAAAUGUUUUCGUCUUCCAAUUCUUCUUCUGAGAAUAUGGAAGUUCUAUUGCUUUCUAUGCGAUAAAUUAUGUUGGCAUAUCGAGCACAUCAUCCUUGAGUGGCCGUACUAAAGUCGCGAAUUUCUAGCAACAACUUAGACCCCGUUCACACGGCAUUAACACCACAUGUUUGUUUGCAGCGUUGAAUCUUACCGACUACGUAGUGGCGCAUACGCAGAAUACAGAACCGUUCACAAGGUUAAAACAACGUACGUUUUUGCAGUACAAAUAACAUGCGAAUGGUUCUAUACUCAAUGUAUGCGCCCCCACGUAUUUGGUAAGAU